AUGACGCUGCUCCGCGGCGAGGCUGACGGAAGAGGAGGGCGGCGGCGGCGGCGGUGGGGUUCAGGGUUCGGAACAGAAGCACUGCUGGCCAACCAGGAGAACCUAGGCCUCAAAGGCCACACGGCCUUUGGACGUUUUGGGCCGUGGGGCCCCAUGGUCAGUGGCACAGGGCCAGUGGGCGUGCGAUUACGGGCGAACGUGCAGUGGGGUUCGGGCGCUGGGCGUCGGAUGCCGGAGCGCUCGAUGCGCGCGGUCGGGGCGCUUGAGGCGAUGGCGUGGUGGCACAAGGGCAAGCCAGAGCGGGGAGGGAUGCGGGAGGCCGGGGCGAGGCUAGGGGUCGAGCGGAGCAGGGGGAAAAGGGGCGGCCGGCGCGCUGAGCGCGGCGCUACAGCGGCAGCGACCGCGGCCGCGGGCGAGGUCGCAGGGAGCGAGGCGUGCGGGCUGCGGGGCUGGCGGCGGCCGAGCGCGACCACGGCGGCUAGGACGCAGAGGAGGCAUCGGCCACGAGCAGAGAAGGGCAGGGGCGCGGACGGCACGCACGGGGCUCAGGGGGGGCGUGGCCAGAGCGCGACGCGGACGGUGACGGGCGCGAGCGUGUGUGGAAGGCAGCAAAGAGGGGGGUGCGCUCACUUUCGUUGCAGGGGAACAGGGGGCGGCGAGGCUGGUUGUAGCCGUUGGGGAGGAUGGACGGGGACGGCCGGCGCAAGGGAGGAGGCGGCGACGUAG